AUGUCUUCAUCAUCAUCAUCAUCUGCUGUCAUCAAACUCGCCAUCCUCGACGACUACGCUGGCAUCGCUCCAGCUCAUUUCCAACGUCUCACACCAAGAUUAGGACUGGAAAUCCACACGUUCCCAGAAACACUAAAUAUACACAAUCCAGACGAACACGACGCUUUAGUCCAGCGCCUACAACCGUACAGCAUCAUCUCUUCGAUGCGUGAACGGACCCGUUUCCCCCGAUCACUUCUGGAGAAAUUGCCCACCUUGAAACUCCUCUUGACGACAGGCGGGCGGAACGCAGCUAUCGACACGGAGGCAUGCAAAGAGUUAGGGAUCAGAGUCGUAGGCACAGGACCCAAACCCAAUGCAGUGCCGGGUUACGAUUCGACCAACGAGCAGACGUGGGCGCUGAUUUUGGGCUUGCUCAGAAAUGUGGUGGAGGGCGAUACGAGGUUGAAAACGACAAGUGACAAGUGGCAGACUGAUCAAAUAAACGACACUCAACACAAUGACCACGACAACAGCGGUCUCGGCCAAGGCCUCGACGUCGACCGCUUCAGCCCAGCCCUGGUGUCAACUCUCGCCGGCAAAACGCUGAGCAUUCUCGGUCUCGGACGACUGGGGACCCAAGCGGCCGUUACAGGUGCUCUAGGGUUCGGCAUGCGCGUGCUGGCAUGGUCUAGCAGUCUUACGCAGGCCAAAGCCGACAGCUUGGCUGCGUCGCGAGGGUUGCCUGCGGGUUCGUUUGAGGUGGCUUCCUCGAAGGAUGAGCUGUUUCGCCGCGCGGAUGUUUUGAGUGUCCAUUACGUUCUGAGCGAGCGGUCGCGCGGGAUUGUGUCAAAACACGAGUUGAGUCUGAUGAAACCUACUGCUAUACUGGUCAAUACCUCGCGUGGACCUCUGGUUACAGAGUCGGAUUUGGUUGAUGUUUUGGAAAAGGGUGCUAUCAGGGGCGCGGCGCUUGAUGUUUUUGAUACAGAGCCCUUGCCGAAAGAUAGUCCGUGGCGUAAGGACAAUUACUGGGGCAAGGAGGGCAGGAGCCGCCUUUUGCUGAGUCCGCAUUUGGGUUAUGCUGAUCUGGAGACUAUGCAUCAUUGGUAUGAUGUCCAGGCGAGCGUUGUGGACGAGUGGUUGGCUCGAGGAGGUCAGAAUGAGGUUGCGGCCAUCAAGAGCGGGCCGGUGAUUGUGUAA